GAGGUAAUUGGCAUGAGCGCACGUUUCACCUCAUAUAUAUAUUAUUUCACACACCAAUUUCGGGAGGAGGAGAGAAUGAAGUCGACCAACGAUGAGGAUCGCAAAAAGGAAAGCAGCUUGGAUUGGCGACUUAAUCAAACUCUCAGAAAUGUUCAAGGAUUGCUUAAAGGGCGCAGUUUUCCUGGUAAAGUUCUUUUGAGCCGAAAAACUGAGGAUGCAGUCAAUGCUGAUUCAUCUGAACCUACUUCAACCACUGGCAUAAGUGGCUUAGAAAAUGAAUUAGGGACAAGCCAAAGUUCAGAGGGGGCAGCCAAGAGAGAUUCUCACAGUGAUGGCAGUGCAACAAGUUAUGCAACUGAAGAAAAAUCAGCUCCAUCUUUUAAUAAUGAAGAUUAUAAAGCCACCGAAUUCCAGAAAUCAAACUCUGGUGCCAGAUCAACAGAUUCAACACGCAUUGCAAAGUUUGUGAAAGAGUUAUCUUCUUCAACUGUUGAAUUAGAUACAUUGCGUGAACUUGCUUGGAGUGGUGUCCCACCAUAUCUACGACCAACUGUAUGGCGGCUCUUACUAGGAUAUGCACCACCAAAUUCAGAUAGAAGGGAAGGAGUGCUUAUGAGGAAGCGACAAGAGUAUGUUGACUGUGUUGCUCAGUACCAUGAUAUAUCUGAUGCUGAUCGAACUGAGGAUGAGAUACACAUGCUACGGCAGAUUGCAGUGGAUUGUCCAAGAACUGUGCCAGAUGUUCCUUUCUUUCAACAAACAGCUGUUCAAACAUCCCUUGAGCGCAUUCUCUAUACCUGGGCUAUUCGCCAUCCUGCAAGUGGAUAUGUCCAAGGAAUCAAUGAUCUGGCUACACCCUUUUUGGUGGUAUUUUUAUCAGAAUACUUAGAAGGAAGUAUGGAAAACUGGGUGAUGUCAGACUUAUCUCGAGAAAGUAUGUUAAAUGUUGAGGCAGAUUGUUACUGGUGUCUUUGCAAACUCCUGGAUGGCAUUCAAGACCAUUAUACAUUUGCUCAACCGGGAAUUCAACGUCUUGUUUUCAAGCUGAAGGAGUUGGUGCGACGAAUUGAUGAACCUAUUUCACGACAUAUGGAGGAGGAAGGGCUAGAGUUUUUGCAGUUUGCUUUCCGUUGGUUCAACUGCCUUUUAAUCCGUGAGAUUCCAUUUCACCUUGUCACGAGGUUGUGGGAUACAUAUCUGUCAGAGGGGGAUGCUUUUGCAGAAUUCCUUGUAUAUUUAUGUGCUAGCUUUUUGCUAACGUGGUCUGACCAAUUGCGGCGGCGUGAUUUUCAAGAGAUGGUUCUCCUUUUGCAACAUUUACCUACACAAAACUGGACACAUCAAGAAUUAGAGAUGGUACUUUCACGAGCUUUCAUGUGGCAUGUGAUGUUUGAUCACUCACCUAGUCAUUUAAAUGGUUGAUGAAGGUUGAAAAUUAAUAUUCUAGGUUGAAUUACCAAUGAUUGGUGAUGGAACUACCUUGUCAUUUAAUGAAAAGUACUAGUGAUCCUGAUUGAGAAUAUUAAUCAUGAGUAGGAAACUCAAGGCCUUUGGCAUUGAGAUUUUUCUAACUGGAGGACAAUGCAGCUUGAGAAUAAUUUUUCAUUUAUCCUGCAUCUAGCAAUUAUAUGUACGUUCCAUAUUCCAAGUUUGUUCUUUUGUUCGUUGAAAAUAAUAUCAAGCCAUCAUCUGGAGAACAAAUCCUGUUUACCUGUUGUGAAUCUACUGAUUUCUUCA